GAUGCUGCGGAAGUGUUUUGAUUUUCCCAGAGAGCAGACACUGACCGACAUCUGUAAGGCGAUUUAUCCAAACUGUGUGCACCCGUGACCUGAUCAUGGAAUGGAAGAGCAAUAUUAGGCGUACCCAAUCGCUGAAGAGCCUCAGCUCGUCAUGUGAUAAGCCAGUCUGGACGGAUGCGGGGCUGCGGGACAAGACGACGUCAGUGUCCCAAUUGGUGGCCAGAUAUCAAACUGCUGUGAAAGGGAACAAAUCCAUUCAAGGACCCUCAGUAGAUAACGAUGACAGAAAGCCAAACCAGGUGCUAAAGGAGAUAACGCCAUCUCGACUGGAAAGUAAAGAGACUCAUCUGGAGUCUCUGAUGAGGAAAAGCAGUGAGAAGGAAAAGUCUCGAGCCAAAACCAAUUUGACCCGCAGCAAAUCAAUGAGCAGCCUUAAAAGCAGCACAGGGUCCAUAGAGGCCUUGAGAGCUCUGUUUGAGUCAAAGGCCUCUCUUAAAAACAACGCAAAGACCAGCCUUAGAGCUGCAGACUUCACAUCAAGUUACACGACAGACGUGUCAAAGAUGAACGGAGAGGUUGAGGAUGUACAGAUCGCUGUGGAGGAACAGGGAAUGGAAACAUGCGCUGAUAAAACUGAUGUGAAGGAUGAUCGUGUAACUCGAAAGGUAGUAAAUCAGCACUGGCCAGAGAGGAAAAGAACAAUAGGGGGUAUUGAUUUUGAAAAAAUUGCAGCAUCUCAAGCUGAUGAAAAGAGGAGGUCAGCUGCAGACUUCAGAGACAGCUCUUUUGUCCAAACCAAGGAGAAACUUUCUGUCUCGGUGAAAGCAAUAUCAGCUCUCUAUCUGUCCAAAGCGGGAACCAAGGAAUCAGCAAACAGUCCUGUAAAAUUGGAACGAAAAGUGUCACGUGAGUCUGGGAAAAGAGUAAACCAAAUCAAGAUGUCAGAAGACUCAAGUGUCCAAGAAAAAGAGGAUUUACCAUUACCUCCUUCAGCAAGACAUCAGCCAGAAUUAGAAGAAAGCUGUAGGACAAAUUCUCCGCAACCUAAUCUGCCCCAGCUUUCCAAAGAAAUGUUAUAUCAACAGAGGCAGAAAUGUGAACUGAGGCGUCUCCUGAAGCACACCCAUCCAGAGGUGAAGAUGCUGGAUGAUGUUGUAGAUGAAGAGCUUGCUGAAGUUUUGAGCUCAGAGAGGAUGACAGCUGACGUAACUGGAUACGAGGGAGAGGUCCUUUCGAAACGCUUGAUAUUUGAGAACUGUGGCUCGAGUAACAAAGUGUCUCACUACACCCCCAAGAUGCACAUGGAAGGGGGACGUGAGAAACAAUGUGAUUUUAGUAAAACGCUGGCUGUUCUGGAGGAAACAAAAGAAACGCCUCGUGCAGAAAGUGCUAAAGAGGUUAUGGAAGCUGAAAAAUCUCUUGGUAUUAGUCCAGACACUGACAGAGAGUGUGAGGAAGAGACGGUCAGACUAGACGUUCAGGCUACCAGAAGGAUAUUUGAGAGUCAGUCUGUGAACAUGUCUGGGCCAAAUCUGGGUAAAAUCCAGGGAAAGGUUUCUAUUAACGGGGAUGAGACAAAGGAAGUCCAAAAACAAAAAAAGCUAUUUGAAAUGGCUUGCAGUGAGAGUAUACACAGAAAAAAUGAAAGCACAAGCAAUGAUUUAGCAACAGAGCCCCGUGAACAACCAUGUCCUCAUGUCAGUCAAAGAACUGAACGCGACUUCUCAUAUAAUGAUGAGUUUUCCACUGAGGAAGCACUCUUUGAAGAGGAGUCUAUAAGCUUAUCCGAUUUGGAAAAGAAUGAUGAAAUUAUUAAAACAAGGGCAGCUCUUUUUCAAAACAACCCCUUUAUCUCCACCAACAUACAAAGAGAGCCCUCCGUUGUGCAUACAUCAAAAACUCAAAUCACAAGCAGUAGCGGUGCAAGUGAGGACAACACGACCACCAAUGUUAAAAACAGAACCCAUCUUUUUGAAUCAAUGCCAUUUGACAAAAUUAGACGUCAGAACGAGGAUGAAAUUGAGACAAUGGUGGAGAACAUCAAGGAAACGCUGAAUUUCCUCUACCAGAUUAGAGUCAUCCAAUCGUUUGGCUUUAUCAUUGAGGUCAAUGAGACAAUGAUUGCUAAAAAAGCUAAGUUUACACUAUCAGAGAGUGGGCCUGAGAUAAAACAUGACGAGGUGGCUGAAGGCGGUGCCCAAAACUUCAUACUCCAGCUGCUACCACGGGUAAACCUAAAACCUCAGGUCACUUACCUAAAGGAGGACAGCAAAGGGGAUAUCGAGACCACGGCGGUGACGGCACCUGUUCAACAACAUCAGUUCAAUGCGAACAAGGACACGGAGUUCAGAACUGCCAGUGUGGUUCAGCUUGUUGAGGAUAUUCUCAAUCAAGAUAACUCUCUGAGAAAAGGAGUGGUAAUCCAAGAGGAUGACAACAACUGUGCCAAAGUCAUUGUUUACUCCCUCUACAAAUACCAUAAUGAGAAGGAUGUGAAGAGCUUCGUCCCUCCAAAAUGUGCUGAAUGUGAUCAAUCAGAGCUGGAAAGGGGUGACAUGAGUAAAAAAGGCCAUAAAGAAAUAAAAAUUGCUACUAAGUCAGUCCAAGGUGAUCUACUUGAACUCUCUCAAGAACAAACAUGCCCAGGAUCAAUAACACCUGAAGGGAAAGUAAAGGGGAGUGUAAAACUAUUCAAAAGCUGCAUUGAAAAGGGAGAUUUUGAGUAUUUAAAAAGUCUUCAGACUGAAGAAGCAGUUCAAGAACUCCCUGAAAACCAAACUAUGGCUGGACAGGAAGUUCUUCAUGAAAAGGAAAGUGAUCAAGUGCAGGAAACUACUGAGUGGGUACCCGUGGAUGUAAAGAGGCUUAAAAGCAUGUUCUCUGGAGACCCAAGUCAACACCAAGCAAAGAAAAAGAUCCACAAAAAUAUAUACGCAGGUCAAAAUGUCUCUACAGAAUGCAGUUCUGGGGUAUUGUCUCAUGUGCAGGAAAAUAGUACAAGCAGUGAAUGCACUGAUGAAGCACAAGAGCAAGCAUGUCCCAAAGUUGCGACGCAGGAGUCCUAUGAAAAGUUUGAGAAACAAGAUCACGAGCUUGGUGCCCACGAAGCUCAAUUAGUCAAGGUGGUAGAUCAGAAUGAAGAGAUCUCUAACCUCCAAACUGCACUGCAUCAGUCAUCACAAGAAAAACAAAAGACUAUUAUUCAGAAAUCAUCUGAGGAGCUCUUUCCCUCGGUUACAGCAGAUACUGUGAAACGCUCAAGAGUAGAAGAAGAAUUUCCUCAAGAAAACUUCACCUCAGCACAGAAAACAGAUUACCAGCACAAAAAUAUAGAAACAAGCCACAAAGAUGCUACUCCUGAGGAAACACACACUCCUGAAUCGUGCAGCAACAAAGGUCAGGAAGGUGCAAGGGGGGCGCAGAAACAACCUUUAGAAACUCCUAUGGUCACUACACAAAGUUUGGAAACAAGUCCUGCACAACAGGAGGAUGAGGAAGUUGUUUUUCAUGGUAAAAUUAAAGCAGCUUUGCAAUCUUUAGAAAGAUCUAACGUUAAUGUCACAAGAGGAGAUUUUAAAGCAGCUAUGAUAUACAGAAACUCUUCAAAGCCUCACAGAGAAAAAGCUCAACACGUGGAUGUGGUGUCUAUUCAAACGACCAGUGCUGACGAGCUUUUCACUGUGACUGAAAAUGAAGCAAGUCAAAUAUCAGUGAAACAAGAGGCAACUGCAGCAAAUCCAGAGCCUCCACACCAAAACGAAACCCAGAGUAACCCAACAACGAGACUCAUUUUAGAGAAAAGCAAAAAGCCUACUGGUCCAAAACCAGCCAUUCCACCUAAACCAGAACAUCUGAAGGAGAAACAAAGCAAUAACGAGUCAACCCAAAAUAAUUCUGAUAUCAAGGCUGAGGAGAAAAGAACCCAGGAUUUAGCAGCCAAAAGUGAUACGAGUGAAGCAGAUGAAAGUCACAUAGAUUUCCAUGAUGCAUUUGAGAAAUUUGGAGGUAAAAAGACAAAGACUGCCCCUGUAAAGCCCAAAAGACUGAAAAUCCCCCAACCAGACAACAAAAACCUGAAACCAGUGGCUGGAAAUAAAGAAAUGUCUGUUCUUGCACAUGUGGAUCCAGAUGUGGCAGAAAUUACAAGCAAUCAAUCAUGUGACACCUGUGGAGAAACCACUGACAGUCGAGACAAGCAUGAGAAAGAAAUCAAGAAGCAAGAAAGCAAAGUCGAGAUGAGGGAAAAGAAAGGGCGAACUGAGACUGACGACGAGCGCCGACAGCGACUGUCAGUUCACAUGGAUGAGAUCGUGAGAGGGAACAUACCAGCAGCAAUGGAAAUAUUUGACAACUUACGAAAACAGCGGGAACUGCAGAGCUUUCUGAGCCGAGUUGAAGAAAUUGAAAAAGACACAAGUGAGGUUGAUGUAAGGUCUCUGAGGAGAGUUUUUGAGAACGUCCCCGAUUGGGUUGUCAGCUCUAACAAAAAGAAACAAAACAAGGUCAGAGCUGACAACAAAGACGAAAGGUUGCCAGUAUCAAGAGAAAGCGCUGAAAACAAGUCAUCGAUGGCACACGUUUUUGGAGAUCUUGAGCGAGCGAGUGUGGAAAUCACGACUCUUAAAGAGGAGACUUUAGCAAGAAUCCUCGAUGUAGAGGAAGCCAUAAAGAAGGCACUUUAUGCCGUCUCUACACUGAAAUCUGACUCAGAUAUUGCUGGCUUAUCACGUCUGUUCAAAGAAUCCUUUGGGGUUAUACAAGGAUCCCCAUCCUCUGGCGGUGAUAAUAAAAUUAGCAUUGGGUCAAGCAGAACAAAAUCACUGAAAAGUGCUACCAUGCAGGGAAACACAACUAAUUCAGCAAGGCAAGAUGCGAGCACUGAUGAAGCCUCUGGGAAACCUCAGUCGAAUCCUCCACCUUCACCUGCGUUUAUCACUAUCCAAUCAGCAGCUAGAAAGACAAAUAAAACCGACCUGGCACCACCAGAAGCUUUGAUCUGCCCGACGUGUCAGCAGAGCCAAAAGUUGGAGGAGACUUUUCGGACGACAAAGACGCUGAUAUGCAACAGCCCUGCUCAAAACAGAAAUGACCCACGAAAAGAAGGUCAGAAACAAUCCACCUCCAUCCCACUCAGUCCUCGACAGCUCAGCACGCUCGAGGUUCAGACAGACUGUGUCACAGGAACAAAACCAGUCACCGACAAACAUGAGAAGACCGAAGGAUCCGGAACAAAGUUUUAAUCUUCCAGGACCUCCACUGUGGUCAACUCUCAGACAGAAACAGUGACAUCGUCCACAAGGCAUGUCAUAAUCAGUCCAUCUACAAUUCAGGUCACCACAGACCCACAAGUGAAGCUGCCAAUCAAUCAGACUGAUAAAUCGGUGCCUGAAUAGGAGCACAUUGGCAGCAUUUUACCUGUUCGUUAUGUGAAAGCUGUCACAUAUAUGACUGUGUAUGAAAAGAGAUCAAUUAUAAGGCUUAAAGUUUGGGUUUUUGCUUUUGUAUCUAUUUUGAUCUUAAAAACUGUCUUUGAUUUGCAUUAUAAUCAAAAUAUAUAUUUGAUUUUCACUUCUCAUUUCACUGUGGUUUACUAUAAAUGCUUUUGGUUUAAAAAAAA